CUCAAUUGACAACAAACAAUCCACAUGUUAUUUCCACACUGUGACGGCGAUCCGUUUAGACCGCGGAGAUUAAAUUUUUUUAAAUUGCUCAUAAUUGAGUACCGGCUGUAAAUCGUCUCGCGGGCACUUCUGCCAUUUAAUUCGUAUUCAAUCUGGUUUUCGUCAUGCCUGCGUGCAUCAUAUGUGUCGGCAGAAACCUCGAUAUGUUUUUCUGCAAGCUUUUACUUCUAAUACGAUAAAAUAUCGAUGAACGUUUCAAUUAUUACACAUAACAUCAGUUCAGUUAACUAGUUCAGAAUCACACUUUGCACAAUAAUAUAUUCAUUGUGUUUUUGUUUAACAAGCGUGUAGGUGAAUGUGUUCAUUUCUUACAUUCUUUGUAUUCUCAAUGUUUAUAAUCUUCUUUCUGACAAUUAUACACAUGAUACAUGCAUCGUCUCUGCAACUACAAAUUAUAUUCUGAUAUGCAGUUUGUCACAAGUCAUCUGUAUAAUCCUUGAGGUUUAGUUUUCGGCGUUUCUUUCAGGCUCGAAGCAUGCCCAAUAGAUUGGAAUGGCUCGACCAUGGAUAAGGUGUUUUAUUGGAGCCAUUGCAAUAUCGACGAUGUUUUACUUCUACUUGUUCUCGAACGUUGCAGAAAGUGACAAAUCCAAAAAGGCACUUCAGGCUGAUCUUAAAUUUAGAAAAGUAUAUACUAGCAUAAACGAACCACAUAAUCUCACUGGCUACCGAAUGCCUGACGAGCAGCCUCAGCCUCGAAGGAAUGUGGAGGUAACAUCGUUUCACUUGUCCAGCUCGCCUACCGAGUGCAGCAUCAUCCACGUAGCGAUGGUAUGCGCAGGAUACAACUCGACAUUUACUACCGUAAUUGUGGUCAAGUCCAUUUUAUUCUAUCGAAGGAAUCCUCUUCACUUUCACUUCAUCGUAGACGAGAUUGCCAACACAACUCUUUUCACGUUAUUUGAAUCAUGGAAUCUACCAAAUGUUCAACUGAGUUAUUAUAAGUCCGCAGAAUUGGUACCGCGAGUAGCUUGGAUACCGAACAAGCAUUACUCCGGAGUUUACGGUCUGCUAAAACUGAUUCUUCCUGAGGUACUAAGUGUUGAUAAAGUGAUAGUACUUGAUACUGAUGUUACCAUUCUAACGGAUAUACUAAGGCUAUGGAAAUUGUUCGACAACUUUGAGUCUCAGCACUUCAUAGGAUUAGUAGAAAACCAAAGUGACUGGUAUUCAAAACCGUCAGCAAGAAACCCGUUUCCCUGGCCUGCAUUGGGUCGAGGUUUCAACACGGGGGUCAUUUUGAUGCACUUGAAGCGACUUAGGAGUAUGGAAUUUCUGAAAAUAUGGGAAAAAACGUCGCGAGCCACCCUAGAAGAGAUUUCCGAAACUCAUCUCGCCGACCAAGAUAUAAUAAAUACUGUGAUAAAGAAGUACCCCGGUAUAUUGUACAGGCUUGAUUGUACGUGGAACGUUCAGUUGAGUGUUCAAACAUUGAGUGAAAAUUGUUAUACUAACACGAACGAAAUAAAUAUUAUUCACUGGAAUUCACCAAAAAAACAAGACGUGACCAACAAGCAUAUUGACGACUUUCGAAAGGCGUAUCAAAUAUUUUUAGAGCUGGACGGAAAUCUGCUGCGAAGGCAGCUUUUCCCAUGCCAAAAAUCAGACGAGCGAGUUUUUUCCCAAAACUCGGAAACUGGUCACGGCACGUGUCAGAAAUUCGAGGAAAGUUCGCGAAUUAACUAUCGUACGUAUUUGUUCCUCCUCGAGUACGAAAACAACUUUCGGUACAUCCCCGACGUGACUCUGAUCACGCAGUGUAGUGGAGACCGGUUAACGCUUUUGGAAGAUUUGUGCAAACGUUGGAGAGGCGCGAUAUCCGUGGCCCUGUAUUUUACGGACGCAGACACUUAUAAUUUCAUUAAAUUUGUACGGGGUUCGGAGGAGCUGAGCAAACGAAGAAACAUCGCCUACCACGUCGUCUACAAGGAAGGGGACUUUUACCCGGUAAAUUAUUUACGCAACGUAGGAAUGUCGCACGUGACUACAUCCUACGUAUUUCAAUUAGACGUUGACUUUUUACCCUCCAAUGGUUUAUACGAUACACUGAUGAGCAGUAUUGUCUCCCUGCGAUUGACCCAAGAUAGACAAGUUGCGUUGAUAGUACCUGCCUUCGAAACCGAAAGAUACAGGUUCAAUUUUCCCGAGAGCAAAGAAGCCCUCGUUAGGUCUCUGAACCGUGGUAUGUUUUACACAUUCCGAUAUCACAUCUGGUCCCAGGGACAUGCGGCAACGAACUACACUCACUGGUGCAAGGCUUCUGAGCCAUACGAGGUUGAUUGGGAGCCAGACUUCGAACCGUAUGUCGUGGUUCCGAGUUCGGCUCCUAGCUACGAUACCAGAUUCGUUGGUUUCGGUUGGAACAAAGUCUCGCACAUAGCACAUCUAGCGGCGAUGGGAUACAGGUUCGUCGUUCUGCCUGACGCGUUUGUUAUCCAUCGUCCUCACGCACCGAGUUUCGACAUCGUUAAAUUUCGACAGGACUCGUUAUACAGAAGAUGCCUGAAAAAAUUGAAAGAUACUUUUGUCGACGAGUUGUUAAGGAAGUACGAGGCUAGUGCUGUUUCCAAUUUGAAGAAGCGAUCCCGUUCAUCCGGGACAAAAGUACGAGAUGAAAAGGAGCAAAAUGCUUGAUUCGCCGUCUCUACACUCUGGAAAUCACCUCGCCAAGUAAUAUUAAUCUGGUAUUUAGACAAGGAACGCAUGAUUCGCAUACUACCUACACUCAGCUCUCCAGAGAAAAUUGCGUUCACUUUUACUGUACCAAAUGCGAAGUUUGACACGAACGUGCAGCAAACCGCCAAGACGUUUAGAAAAAAAUUUAAUAAAUAAAUAAAUUAAUAUUCGCGCGCGACAAUUUUGAGAAUGACGUAAAUUCUUGAAUUGCGAUUACCGCUUCUUGCUCUCUCUCUCUUUCUCUCCCCCUCUCCCUCUCUCUCUCUCUCUCUCUCUCUCUCUCUCUCUCUCUCUUUCUCUCACUCUCUCUCUUACUCCUAUUGUAGCCAGAGAUUCUAAAUUUUUCCCAUUAGUUCCCGUCUACGGGAGAAACUUAGUCCUCUUCUGAGGCAUAAGCCGAUUAAUUACUUAUCACUCGCCCCAGGUUUCCCAACUUUUCCCAUCCCAGAACUGCGCGAGCUCCAUUCUCUUAUUGUUUUAUUGUGUCGAGGCCUGAUGCUACUUUUGAACCGGCAAUGAAAUCUGUAAAGAAAUUGCUUUUCGUGUUGCCUGGAAACCUGGUACUAGUUGAGAAAUUUUAAAUUCACAAACUUUUGGCUAUCUAGAAUAUUUCAGCGGGAUUGAUUAGUUUACAGCGCAAUGCACACAGCUUGCGUUGGGAAGAAUUUAUUCCACUCCGAAGACGCUGAAAGUUUAGCGCCUUCGAAAUUUAUACCUUGAAUGCAAAGCGCUGCUAAUAAACACCUCGCGAUCAGACAUGCGAAUUUACUUCCGAAAUGAGGUUCUAAGCCAUUAAGCGCGAUGGGAAGCACUCAAAAUGGUUUGGCGGACUGGCAGGUAUUAGAUUAAGUCAGUGUCUUGAUUUAAAGGUCCCAAGAAGGCGAUUUCCAGUGAUUGGGUGUUUUUUUUUUUUUCUUAAGGAAGAAGAACAACGAAGGUUCUUAAUAUUUCGAAUGUUUUUUAAACACAAAUUUGAAAAGUGCCAGAAAAAUUUGUUGUCGUCAAAUUGUGUGUUGAAAUACAUUUAAAAUUUGAAGAAGCUUCGUUGUUUCUCUGCAUAUCAAAAAAAGGAAAAUAAUCCCCGUAAAUCACUAUUUUUAGGCCUCUAAACCAGGACACCGCCUUAAUUCCAAAUCGAUCCCGGUGUAAUAUCAUACAAUAUUUCUGACUACACCUAAUUACAGUACCAUUACAAAACUGAAAAGUGCAAAAAAUGCGUGUAGAUUCGUAGAGAAAGAUAAAAAGCGAACGAAACAGUAAUGUUCAAUUUAAGAAUUCUCACAGCGGCGAUGAAAGAGUAAACAGGCUAGGGGGUCGGAUUUUGUCGGGCGAAAAUCCUGUGAGAUGGAUAAAAUAUUACUCAUCUCCGAAGACAUGGAAGUCCCGAAGGCUUCACAGGGCGUAACUCGUGGUCGGCCAGAGAAUUGAAAAAUAGCCGGUAGCUUCGAAGUGAUAGAAUGAAAACAGGAAUGAUGCGAAAUGAUAAAAAGUCAGUCAGGCGCAUUUCAAAUCGAGUACAACGCGUACAUUGAAUACAUAACUGUCGAUAACGUGGAAAUAGGAAUAAAUCGCGAUCGGGUGAAUAAAUCGGCCUCAUCGAUUUUCCCGAUUCAGCUCCAAACGCGGGUUUGUACUCGACAUUUUCGCGCUGCAUCGUAUUUCGAACGGAAAUGCGCUAUUCGCAUCUCCCAAUGCAAUUUAGUUGCCGCAAUUCGCAAUAAACUAUACCAAAAACUAAAAAGACUGAUGUUCAAACACGCUGCUUAGUCAAAUGGAUCUGACGGACUUUCAGUUGGGCGUAAUUAAACUUUAUUUGGCAAAUAACUGAGGUUUAUAAUAACGAGAAACUCCGGGCUUUACUAACUCGUGAUUUCAGCAGUACCGAGUACUAAUUAUUCUAAUGCAAUACCUCUGUUAUUUAUUCGCGUGGUUUUAGCCGGAUUAGCCCGCGUAGUGGAAUUCCAAUAUUGAAUCAUCCGCGUAUUAACUCGCAGGGACUCGGCGUAUAACGCGAUCGAUCGAUCAUUACAGAUCUUUCAGAGUACGUGAACAAGUAAUUAUUUCAUCCAUAGAUCUCGGCGCUGAACACUCGAUAUGAUCAAUCCAGCCGCGCCAAAAUUUCGUCUGAUUAUCCCGUACGCUGUUCACUCUCCGAGUUUGUUGAAUUAUUUUCACACAGUGCCUUGUACUCUGGUACCCUGUACAUAUUAUACAAAUAUGUUUAUCAACUCAAAACCAGCUCCGAUCACUCGCAGUAUUAAUUCGAAAUAUUAUUAUAACUACGUUUCGCUGCCCGCAGUCACGGAGAUUUGGAAUUACGCUGAGUAGGCGAUACGACUACCGUUAAUUUUAAUCAUUCGAUAAUCCAACUAAUUGUCUGCGGAUAAAACAUCUUUGCUAAGAGUUUCUGCAUAGUUUUUACAAGCGAAUGGCUCGUUGCGCCUUCUUUGAAUUCCUUCGAAUAGUUCUAUACAUUUUUCUGUUGUUUUUUAUUAAUGCAUAUAACUGGUUGUUCAAAGGGAUUUUCGAAGAAAUAAUUCACUGUACCGAUAGAUAGAUAGAUAGGUAGACAAUUGUACGCGUACGAGUAGAAUAAAAGGAGAACGGUUUUACGUACCGUCUUCGUUUCCUCGUUCGGCGGAGUAGCUUGUGAACCAAAAUUUUAAGGACCAAAGUUAGAAUUAUACACAAAAGGUUAAUUUUUAAUAUCGAGUAAAUUUUAUAAUAAAAGUUAAUCGUAUAUAAAACACCUAGGUAUAGAUUAUAGUCAAAGUAUACAACGAGGAUAUAGAAGAUAAGAACGAAACAAAUAAACAAAUACCUUUGUAAAGUUAUAUCGACCAUGUGACACUUGAAAAUUUAUAUUAUAUGUUAUAUACGUAUAUCUAUGCGUAGGAAUGAUUCGGGGAAUAUUUAUUAAAAUUUUAUGAUCCACCAUGAAGUGUACAGAGCGGUUAUUUAAUUUGAAUGCUUCUUUUUUAAAUAUUAUACAAUCACCACUAUAUUAUAGGUAGAUAUUAAUCGUUUAUAAAAUAUUUAUGUAAUAUUUACACACCCCAACACCAGAUUCAUUUUUAUGUAAUACGACACGUCCCAGAAAUUAUUUUCUAUACAAAUUAUUAUUAUUAUUAUUAUUAUUAUUAUUAUUAUUAUAACGAAGCACUCGAUGAAAACAUUUAUAUUAUUGAGGCAAGCUUCGACCCUACGUGCUAGUUAUUAGUUAGAUUAUACAAGUAUUGUACCGUAUUGUUUUCUCUCUAUUAUGCAUCUACGUAUUAUAAUUUUUAUUUUAACGACAUAAUGAACAGGCAUAUGUAAUGUUAAUCUUUCAAUUACGUUGACAUUUUCAGGUAUUACAUCUUCCUAGUUACACGGGUGACCCGUUAAUUUUUAUUCUCGUCAAUAAUUAUUAUUAAUGUAAUUCAAGCAAGAAAAUUAAAAACAGAAACUUAUUCCUCGAUA